UCCUUUCUCCUUCUCUACUCCUCAACUUUUCUCUCGAUACUCACACGAAUAUCCAACUUUCCCGUCUCACGCCCACCACGCCUUUUCCCCUUCCCCCCAAUCCCAUAAUUUCUGUUUGGGGCUAACCAACAUCACCCGUGUUCCGCCCAUAUCAGACCCUCCCACCCACUUUCUCGACCAUUUCAGUUUUCCACCUCUCCCCCCAUCCUCGACUUUUUGGAUGCAUGCGCCAUAUAGGCUCCCUAUGCGGCCUUGAUAUCCAACCACUACGGUCUCCACCCGACCACUUGCUCCCAACGACGGCACGCAUUCACUCCCUAGUGGGUUCGCUGCCGUCUAUCCAAAUCGUUUUCUGUGGUGAAUUCGCCCGUAAUUGGGAGAAGCCAUCGCCAUGGUCGACGUGCGGAAUGGCGGAGGCGAGUCUGGCUCUUUCAAGCCAGUGAAUCGCUCAAGCCCCAAUCCUGCGCGCGACGACGCAGACGCGCAAAAAGGCUCUGCCAAAUCCAACAAUUCCCCAGAGCACCCACCUACGUCGAAAGCGCAAAGCAAGGCCUCCUCCAGGAGAAACUCGACACCCGCCGCUGCGGCCUCGGACUCCCGCCAGGCCUCCGCGCAGUCGUCCAACAACACGCCCGCCGAGUCUGAACACCAGCAACACGCGCAGGCGGCGACUGCGUCAGCGGAUGCGUCUUCGCAGGCGACACCGAAGGAUACUACAGGAGAGGCGGCUGCCGCGCCGUACGGAACGCGAUCGCGUAACCGGCCAGGGCGCUCCCGCAUCAACUAUGCAGAAGACAGCGUGGAGAUGGACUUUGAGAUGGCACCCGCGGCGACAAAUGGAAACAACUCAGAGCCGCCCUCGCGUGGUUCGGUGGCUACAGACAGCGGACAGUCGGCAGGUGUGAGUGGAAAGAAAGGCCCCGGCUCUGGACAGGGCAAUGCGCCGUGGGGCAAUAAUGGGGGUCCCAACCAAAAGGACAAUACACCCCAAAAUGUGAAUAUUCCUGGAACGUCAGCUUUUGCUGCAAAGCCAGCCGUUAAUCCCACACAGCAGCCAAAGCGACGCAAAAACGCCGCAGGCACGAAUGCUACGAAUGGCAAUCAUGCGAAUGGUGCUGCGCCAAGCCAGGCGGUUACGAGGCGUCCGGCCGCGAGCAGUAAUGCCAUCAUAGCCGCCAAUAAUACGCGCGAGUCCAAUAUGAUGACUUUUGCGAAGACCGGCGCCCUGCUCAAAGACGGCCAUCUCCAAGCAGACGAUGGCCAAAUAAUAUCUGUUGAUGAUCAGGUGUAUCUCGUCUGCGAACCGCCGGGCGAACCCUACUAUCUCUGCAGGGUAAUGGAGUUCCUCCACGUCAAUGGCGACACAAAAGCUCGUGUCGACUCAAUCAGGGUGAAUUGGUUUUACCGUCCGCGCGACGUUGGACGCUACAACAACGAUACGCGUCUUGUCUAUGCGACAAUGCAUUCAGACAUAUGCCCUCUGACUUCAUUGCGAGGCAUAUGCCACAUCACGCAUCGAUCAGAAAUCGACAAUUUAGAUGAGUACCGGAAAACCAAGGACAGCUUCUGGUACAACCAACUUUUCGAUCGAUUCAUCCAUCGCUGGUACGAUGUAAUUCCAACGUCGCAGGUCAUCAACGUGCCGGAGAAGGUCAAAAAGGCUCUGGAUGAGCGAUGGAAAUACAUCUGCCUGGAGACGAGCCGCGUCAAAGAACUCACCAGCGCAGUGAAAACCUGCAAGCGAUGUGUGGGAUUUUGUGCGUCUAACGAUUCCGUUGAGUGCGCCGUUUGCCGCAUGACUUAUCACAUGAACUGUGUGCGACCUCCGCUCCUGAAGAAGCCGUCACGUGGUUUCGCUUGGGCCUGUGCACCCUGCAGUAGGGCUCAAGAGAAGAAACUCGAGGCUCGUCGAACCCCAUUGGUGGGGUCCGGUAACGACGAUGGCGACGAGGAAGAGAUGCUAGAUGAGGAGGAAGAAGAUGCUGGCGGCGAAACCACUGCGCCUUCUCCCAAUGACUCCGACUCUCAAACCGACCAACAUCCAGCCACACAGGCGGAGAUUGCGCUCGCGAAGAUGUGGCCUAUGCGAUACCUCGGCAUCCACUGUCGCGUAGAGGAUGCGUUGCAGUACGACGAUAGAGCGAUCUACCCUCGUGCCAGCUCCAGGCUGGGUCCGCGCCAUCAAGCCAACGUUAAUGUUUGGCACGGCCGCCCCAUCGAACUGGUAAAGCCUGCAGAGAUUAAGAAACGCUACAUCAAAGGCCCCGGAUACAAGAAGGAGACGAAAUUAUCCAAAGAGACGGUCGCAGCCAUGGAGGCAGACAAGGCCGAGAGGGCGAAGAGGCCGAAAUGGGUCAUGGAUGAACCCCCCGGUUACGUGCGCCGGGGCGAGGACUACCCAAACAAAGACUCAAAGUGCACCGCGGAACUAAUGUUCAAGAUGCCCCCACUCGGAGUCCACUCCACGCGUGGAGAAGACAACGCCCCCACCGUCACCGAGGAACAACUAGAGGCGUACAUGGAUCGUGCAAAGAAACUUGCAGGACACGUCGGCGUCCCAUCAUAUUCGACCAACUUCCUGGAUAAGUGCCUGGCUCUUUUCGCAAAACAUCAAUAUGACGCCGAUGUGGCGCUCAAGCAUGUCAAAAAGCUAGACAAGCGUAAAGAUUUGCGUGAACCUGAACUGACCAAGGAGGAGGAAAAGAAAUGGAACGAGGGGGUUUCCAAAUUCGGCUCUGAAAUCCGAAGCGUUCGUAUGCAUACAAGCAAGAAUAUGUUUUAUGGCGACGCCGUACGCUAUUACUACAUGUGGAAAAAGACGCCAAAGGGUAGGGAGAUUUGGGGGUCGUACACAAACCGCAAGGGACGAAACAAGAAAGCCGAAAGCGAUGUUCAGCAGUCCCGCCUGGUCGACAAUGUCGCGGACGACCACGACGACUCGGCUUUUGACAAUGAAAAGGCAGCGGAACGCAAACGCGGUUUCCAGUGUAAAUUCUGCUCCACACGAUAUUCGCGACAGUGGCGUCGCGCGCCCAAUGUAUCUCCUGGCCAAACAGUUCCCCCGGAUGGGAGAGUCAGUAAAACCAACUCGUCGACAGGGACGUUGUUGGCUUUAUGUCAGCGCUGUGCAGGCCUCUGGCGCAAAUACGCCGUGAAAUGGGAGAACACAGACGAGAUCGCAAAGAAAGUGGCACAGGGAGGAGGCAAGGCUUGGAAGAGGAGAAUUGACGAAGAGCUCUUGAAAGAAGUGUUGACAGCUACCAAUGAGGGAAGCGGACACAACAGCACUCCUGAAUAUAUUGAAGAGCCGGUCGCCACACCACAGCCAGUAGCGGAACCACCAAAGAAAAAGCAAAAGUUAUCCGCUGCUGCUGCUGCCGCUGCCGCUGCCGCUGCUGCUGCCGCCGCUGGCGAUAGCGGUUCUUCGACGCCAUUCCCAGAGCCAGUCGUCGCUCCGAAGAAGAAAGAGAAAGAAAAGCCAGCGCCGCCGCCUCGACCUCCCACUCCCCCGAUUGUUCCGUCACCACCGCGACUAAGGCCCCUCCCCUGUGCAGUAUGCUUUUCGUCAGACGGACAACGUGUAGAGUGUGCGGCCUGCCGCUUGACGGUCCACAAGUAUUGUUAUGGCGUGGACGAAGGGCGACAUUCGAAAUGGUAUUGUGACACCUGCAAGAACGACAAGAAGGAAAGCGUGUCUUACAAUUAUGAGUGUGUUCUUUGCCCCAAGAAACCGGUGGAGCAGGACUUUUACGAGCCGCCGAAGGUCACACAUAAAAAGAAGAGUGAGAGAGAGCGCGAGAAAGAGCGGCUGGAGAAAGAGCUGGUUGAUAAGGCCAAAGACGAAUAUCGGCACAAACAGCAAGAGAAAGGCCGGCCAUUGAUUCCUCGUGAUCCUCUCAAGCGUACAGCGGACAACAACUGGGUGCAUGUGUAUUGUGCGCUUUGGACUCCCGAGACGAAAUUCACGAGCCCUUCUCGGCUAGACAUGGUUGAAGGCAUAGGUGCCCCAACGCUCCGUUACGAUGCUAUUUGCAAGCUUUGCAAGUCUGCAAAAGGCGCGUGCGUAUCGUGCUUGCAGUGUCACGGUACUUUCCAUGUCGGCUGUGCGCAUGAAGCGGGGUACACUUUUGGAUUUGACAUCACCCCCGUCAAAGCGACCCGCCGAGACACAGUUCCAACCGUUACUCUUAACGGCGAGACUGGCACUAUGAUGGCUGCCAUAUGGUGCAAAGACCAUGCACCUAAGAAUGUUGUCCACCCAAUGAACGAGCCAGUGGAAGGCACCGAUCUUGUCGCCUUGCAAUUGUUCGCACGCGAGUUCAAGCAAGCAGACUUGACUCUCACAGGAACGGCACGGAAGGCCAAUAUGGUAGAUCAAUCGACCCGAAUUGUGCCUCAGUUGUCUAGUGUGGCGCAGAAUGGUCGCCGAACAUCGACUAUCCCUAGCCAAACACCGACCUCUGCUCGCGGGCGCCCAUCGAUCGGAAGCAUUAUCACCAAGCAAGAGGAUUCCACCGAGUCGUUUGCCCCCAGAGCAGACCUGCAAUGCAAGCGAUGCAAGAUCGGAGAUAGCCCCAGGUGGUGGAAAAUUGACGAAUCGCAAAAGCCUGCCGUUGCAGCCGAAUCAUCAUCCGCUAUCAACGGAAUCGAGAUGGCCUUUAAAUCUCCGCCAGAGCGCCCACUGCCAGGGGACAAUUCUCGAGGCGUGAAUGGGUCCAUUGAUCACAUCAUGACAGACGCACCACCAGUACGCCCUGUCAACCAUUCCAGCCAGCUCAGGGUUGAUACCGCCGUGUCUGAUCCACGAUCGGUUAGCUACCUCUGUCAUAAGUGUCACUGGAAGAAGAGCCACCCAUCGGAAGAAACUUCUGAUGAGCGCGAGAGGUCGAAAUCCGCUCUUCCUGAGCCACCCAAGGCGUUGCCACUCCAGUCGCCGCCUGUCCAGCCAGCUGCUGCAUCCAUCGCACCACCGCCCCCGCCGCCUCCCCCCGCCAUCGGGUCUUGGUUGCCAGACGCUCGAAGCUUGCAUCCUCCCCACCAGCCAGGCCCGCCUGUGAACUGGUUCUCGAGCGGACCACCACAGCAGCAACCGCCUCCUCCCCCUCCACCACCUCCACCGCCAGGUCCUUCUGCUCUACUCAACGGUAUAUCGCAUCAGCCUCCUUCUGGUGCUCCACUCGGGCCUCCUUCGUCAUUCCAUUCUCCGUACUCUUUGCAUCCGAUCCAAUCUUUCUCGAACCCAGGACACGGACCCUCUCUACCCCCUGUUCUUUCGAGAUACGCUGCUCCUCCUCCUCAGAUGCCUCUGCCACCGCCUAGUGGACCCGCUCCCCUCCACCUAAAUGGCAGUAACGGAUUGAUGUUGAACGGAACGAACUCUAACGGCCUACCAUCCCCCCGGGUGCCCUAUUCACCAACUCACCCUCACGCGCACGGUUCAUCUCGAUCUACCGAAAGCCCUUUCAAUGCACCGCCACCGCCAAUGCAGUAUCCCCCACUGCACCUUGGGAGCCCUGUCCCGGGCGCGGUGCGACCAUCAACGCCCAGGGAUACGAUCAUGAGAGAUGCGCCGCCAACGACUGUCCCACAAGAGCGAGCCACUACGGGCGCGAGCGCAAGCCCAUCACUGCGCAAUUUACUGCAUUAGAUUUCCUUGGUUCCCUUUCACCAUCAUGUAUUUUCUCAGAAGAAAAAAUUUCGCCUCGUAUCUGUUUAGGAGAGGCGGGAAUCAGCACGGGUAGGAGUCCAUCGUUCUCAUGAUUAUAGGGGCGCAUGGAGUUGCUCGGCGGAAACUGGACGAGAAGGAAACAUAUUCCGUGCAGUUGGCCCCGAGUGA